GAAGCACCAUCUUCACCGGCUUCACAGAGUCGUUUACUCACAUUCUCCCUUCUCUUUUAAUACGCCCUCAACCCUCCACUCCUUCAGUUUCGGAGCCCUUCUGAACAGGCUCUGCUCUCUGAACAUUUUCUCAAACCCUAAACUUCAUUCCUCAACCAUGACUCAAGCCAAUGGCCAUCGUGUUGAGACAGUGAUUGACAUAAAGAAACCCGUGAGUUUCACCGGGGGUCUCACGUUUGAGUGCCUCACGUACACUGUGACAAAGAAGAACAAGGUUGAGGGGAAGUGGUUGAGUGAAGAGGUGGAUUUGUUGCAUGACAUCACUAGUUAUGCACCAAAGGGUUGCAUCACUGCAGUGAUGGGUCCUAGUGGUGCAGGAAAAUCCACUCUCUUGGAUGGCCUUGCUGGGAGGAUUGCAAGUGGGAGCCUCAAAGGGAAGGUGUCCUUGGAUGGAGCAACUGUGAGUGCAAGUUUGAUCAAAAGAACUUCUGCAUAUAUCAUGCAGGAUGAUAGGCUUUUUCCAAUGCUAACUGUCUAUGAGACUUUCAUGUUUGCUGCUGAUUUUCGCCUGGGGCCACUCUCACUUGCUGAUAAGAAGCAGAAGGUGGAGAAGCUCAUUGAUCAGCUUGGCUUAACUUCCUCUCGUAACACGUACAUAGGAGACGAAGGCACGAGAGGGGUCUCCGGCGGAGAGCGGCGGCGAGUCUCAAUCGGCGUGGACAUCAUCCACGGACCAUCGCUCCUCUUCCUGGACGAGCCAACAUCAGGACUAGACUCCAGCAGCGCACACAGCGUGAUAGAGAAAGUGCACGACAUCGCACGCAGCGGCAGCACCGUCAUCCUCACCAUCCACCAGCCAUCAUCCAGAAUCCAACUCCUCCUCGACCACCUCAUCAUCCUCGCACGGGGCCAGCUCAUGUUCCAAGGCUCACCCCAUGACGUCACUCAACACUUAGCUCGCAUGCCACGCAAGAUUCCCAAAGGAGAGAACCCCAUUGAGCUUCUCAUUGAUGUCAUCCAAGAGUAUGAUCAAUCUGACUUUGGAGUUGAGGCUCUUGCUGAGUUCGCUCGCACGGGGCUUAAGCCCCCUCCUUUGUCCACUCACGGCCACCACGAACACUCGCCGUUGCCUGCACCUUCCUCGCACCGGAGUCACAUAUUUGAGGGAAAAUCUCAGGACUUCUCUCACUCCCCGCAACUCAGUAGAAGGGUCGUUGAUGAGUUUGAUCACAGUCUCAGGAGUCCGUAUAACAACAUUUCCACGUCAUGGAGCGCUGGUCACAGUGCAGCCUUUCUGAAAUUCACACCUUCAAAACUUAAGAAUGAUCAAAAGCCGCGGAAUAACGCAAGAAAUGCUUCACCUAUGUACUACACAUACUCGAGUGAAAUCCUUCAAGCCACUCCAACACCGCAUAGCAGUGACUACACAGUGAAUGAGAAGGACUACCUGACUCCCUCAAAUGGGAUACAAGAACACCUUGGUCCAAAGUUUGCAAAUUCUUACCUAACAGAGAUUUGGACGCUGAUGCGGCGGAACUUCAUAAUCAUCAGGCGCACCCCAGAGCUUUUCCUCUCAAGACUCAUGGUGCUCACCUUCAUGGGCGUCAUGAUGGCCACCAUGUUCCACAACCCUAAAGAAGACUUGCAAGGAAUCACAAACCGCCUCAGCUUCUUCAUCUUCACAGUGUGCCUCUUUUUCUUCUCUUCCAACGAUGCUGUCCCAGCCUUCAUCCAAGAAAGGUUCAUCUUCAUUAGGGAAACUUCUCACAAUGCCUAUAGGGCUUCCACUUACACCUUUGCAGGCAUAAUCACUCACAUGCCAUUUAUUCUUCUCCAAGCCACUGCCUAUGCACUCAUUGUUUGGUUUGCCCUAGAGCUUCGAGGCCCUUUCUUUUACUUUUUGCUAGUUCUCUUCGUUUCUCUUCUGUCCACCAAUUCCUUUGUUGUUUUUGUGAGCUCAGUGGUCCCGAACUACAUCUUAGGUUAUGCUGUGGUUAUUGCCUUCACUGCCUUGUUCUUCUUGUUCUGUGGAUACUUCUUGAACAGCCAUGACAUUCCACCUUAUUGGCGUUGGAUGAACAAAAUUUCAACCAUGACGUACCCUUAUGAGGGGCUAUUGAUGAACCAGUACCAGACCAAUUAUACCUUUGGGAAGAUAGAUGGAGCAAACGUUACCGGUUUUAAUAUCUUGGAUAGUCUUCAUAUUGGGACUCAAGAGUAUAAGAAGAGGACAAUCGUGCUUGUAAUGUUUGGUUGGGCUGUGCUAUAUAGGAUUUUAUUUUACUUGGUUCUUCGUUUUGCAUCAAAAAACCAGAGGUCGUAGUAAACUAUAUAUGUCUAAGGUAAAGAGUGUGAGUUAAACCAUUUGAUUUGUUUUGCACUGGAAACAUUGUUUUGUGCUGGAAGAACAUGAUAAAUCUGUUUCUUCAUUGUAUUUUAUUUUGCAUCAAGCUUUAUGACUUAUAUAUAUAAUGUAACUUGAUGGACUUUUUA